UGGUUUUCUUACUAUACUUCUUACUAUUUGUUUAUAGUUUGUUAGUUUUUAUUGGUAAUUUGUAACAUUUUCGUUAUAUUUUCUACAAUUCGACCUGCAAAUCGAAACAUGAGUCGUUCCGUUGCGAGAUGGAUUGCACAUCACGACCGACAACAAGUGGAUUUAGCAUUCGUUGUGGAUUGUACAGGAUCUAUGGGCUCCUACAUCGCUCAGGUUCAGAGACACAUUACAUUCAUUGCCGAGAGGGUCUCGCGUACAGCGUUCAAUGUUCGUCUUGCCUUAGUGGAAUAUCGCGAUCAUCCACCACAAGACACCUCUUUUGUCGUUAGGUCUCAUGAUUUCACGGACGAUGUCAACGAAAUCAAAGUCUGGGUCUCUGAAAUGUCUGCCGCUGGUGGUGGUGAUACACCUGAAGCAGUGGCUGAUGGUCUACAUGCUGGACUCCGUCUAAGCUACAGACAAAGAGCUACAAAAAUAUGUGUCUGGAUUGGGGACGCCCAACCUCACGGUCUUAAUCGGACUGGUGACGAGAUCCCCGAUGGCUGUCCGGACAACCACGAUCCGGUUGCAAUAUGUCAUCAGAUGGCCGCGAGGGGUAUUAUCUUGUAUUGUGUUGGCUGUGAACCAGCGCUGCGUCCAUUUAGAGAUUUUUUCAUGGGUCUUAGCCUUAUAACCGGCGGACAGUACAUUCGUCUACAUAGAGCGAAUCUACUCUCACAGGUAAUCGUCCUUUUGACUGAAGAGGAAGUGGAGAAUGAAAAUUUGUUGGGGCAUGUACGAGAUCACAUUAGUUUGGCGUUCCGACGCAACCCCAGCAUAACCGUUGAUCAACUAGCCGAACAUAUUCACGGAGUUUUUCGCUUAAACAACAACCGCACGCGACGUAUUAGAUAUAAUAAUAGGGAAAUAGAGGGAUUUACCGACCAGGCACGGGCAAUAUCACAUAUGCCCACACUGGCAGAUGCAUCUGCCUCAAUACGAGAGCAACUGGAAGCUCGUCAGCGACAAGCAGUGGCUGAUGAAGACGACGAUGUUGGAGUGAUCACUUCCGCUGAUAUCACUGCUUUAGACGAGGUAUCACCACGUACUUGUGAGAGAUUGGUUAUACGAUCGAUGGCUCAGCAUAGACAGGAGACUGGAGAAAAUGAUGGCAAUGAUGGAGAUCAAAUGCAGCAAUGAAACUCUAUAUAACAUCACUGUAACCAGGGCCUUUCUGAGGGGGAUUUUUUCUUAGGAAUUCCAAGGUGUAUAUAUGAUUCAUUAUAUACGAAAUCCUGUUGAGUGUGCUCGUGGGACAAAUUUCUCUUAAAGGCCCUGGCUGAGUGACGUAGCCAGCCCGACAAUUUUAUCCUGCUAUGCUAAUAUCUUUUAUUGCAUGGUGUUGACUGAGAAAAAAAUGCAUUUCUAUAGAAAUGAAUAAUAAUGAUGAUAAUAACAUAAAAUAUUCACCGCAGGACUAAACUGUCAGGCUGGCUACGCCAUAGACCUGAGGGAAUGUCCAUACUAACACAAGGUAUACUAAUCGAAAGGAGAGGGUGUGCAGCUUUCCCCUAAAAUACAAAGCUGGUCAGUUUUAUUUUUAAAAUACAACGUUGGCUGAUGAUUUUUAACCUAUAUCUUGGAAUAUCUUUCAAGUCUGGGAAUACAGAGAAAAUUUCUUUUUAUCAAAACUAACUUGCUUUUAUUUCGUGAAGAAUAGGGUCAUUUAUAGUUAAAACAUCCACACGACGUUUAACUAAAAUGUACUAGUGUCUAGUGUCUACGGCUUGAAAAACUAGAAAUUCGAGGCCACGUUUUCACUCUUCCAAUUAAUUACAACCAUGGGGCGAUUGUAAAAAACUCGUAACUACAUUUUAAGUACUUAAAUGGUAGUUAACUAAAACAUAUAUUAUUCUGAUUGGCCAAUUCUGUUACUAACUAUACUUAAAAGUUGACUACCGUUUAAUACAAUCGGCCCCAAGUUCUUUCUCCCUAAGGGCUGUUUACAUGAGCCCAGUUAGACGAGAUUUAACGUAAAAUGACUUUGAGGUAUUGAAAUGAGUAAAUAGGGACCUUAAGCAUGUAGGACGCCAACACGACGACGACGU